AUGACAAAAAGAGAUCCAAAUCCAUUCCAUUCCAUUCUCCUCCUCCUGUAUUUUGCUCCAAAUCCAUUCCAGCCAGCCAGCCACCCACCCGUCUUUGCUUUCUUUCGUUUUCUUGUCUAUUCAUUUCUCACUGUAAUUCUGACUUAUCUCUCUCUCACUCUCAACCUAACAAGAGACGUCCCGAAUCUCUCUCUCUCUCUCUCUCUCUCUCUCUCUCUCUCUCUCAUUUCCGGCCACUACUCUUUGUACGUAACCCACCGAAUAGCAUCUACUUGUUCAUAUCUCGCCGGAGGUAAACAUCUUCAACCAGAAACUGGACACUCACGCCAUCUCUGCGAUUUUUUUCCGGUAUCAAUGGCCCUGUCUUGCCUUCUGAUUUUGUCUUUGGUUUUCACCUUCACCUUCUCCUUCUCCUUCUCCCAGGCUACCACCUCUCUACCCCAAGACGCAAUCUCCCUUCUCAGCUUCAAGAAUUCCAUAUUCCACGACCCUUCCGACCUUCUCCAUAACUGGAACACUUCUACAAAUCACUGCAACUGGUACGGAGUCACCUGCGAAACUCUUUCCGCCAGAGUAAUCUCUCUCAACAUCACUGCUCUACGUAUCACCGCUUCUUCCCGUUCCUCCCAACCGGGCACCUCCAACGACUCUCUUCUCGUCGGAACCCUAUCGCCUUCACUCGGAAACCUAACCCAGCUUCGUAUUCUUUCCAUCCCUCACAAUGCAUUCUCCGGUGGGAUUCCGCCGGAAAUUGGGAACCUUCUUUCUCUUGAAAUCCUCGAGCUGCAAGGAAAUAAUUUCUCAGGAGGUAUUCCUCAUCAGAUAACAUACCUCUCCUCUCUUCUCAUCCUUAAUUUAUCUUAUAACUCCUUUUCAGGUCCGGUUCCAGGUAAUUUGAUUGGUUUUGGCACAUUGAAUGUGAUUGAUUUGUCAAAUAAUCAGCUCUCCGGUGGAGUUAGUGUUGGUAACUGUGAGUUUCUAACUCAUUUGAAGCUCUCUAAUAACUUUUUGGUUGAUGACAUUCCUCCUGAAAUUGGAAACUGCUCCAAUUUGAGGACACUUUUGCUUGAUGGCAACAUUUUCCAAGGUAAGAUUCCAGUUGAGGUUGGCCUGAUUUCUCAGCUAAGGGUUCUAGAUGUUUCGAGAAACAGCCUCACCGAUAGGAUUCCUAAAGAGCUAGCCCAGUGCUGGAGGCUCUCUGUUGUUGUCUUGACCAAUUUGGUUGCUGAUGGGGUAUCUACGGACGAUUCUAGAGGAGAAUUCAAUGCCUUUGAGGGAGGUAUACCUUAUGAGGUAUUGCUGCUUCCUAAUCUUCAGAUAUUUUGGGCGCCCAGGGCUAAUCUUGGUGGACGCUUGCCUGGUAACUGGAACGAUUCAUGCUCGCUCAGAGUCCUCAAUUUAGGGUGGAACAACUUUACAGGUACACUACCAGAAAACAUGGUUAUGUGCAAAAAGCUAUAUUUCUUGGAUUUGAGUUCCAAUAGUAUGCAAGGGUCCCUUCCUCCCCAGUUGCAAGUUUCAUGUAUGAUGUACUUCAACGUGAGUCGAAAUUCGUUAUCCGGUGUUCUUCCAGCAUUUGGGAAUGACAGUUGUGAGUUUAGCCUCAUUUCUUAUGAACAAGAACCAAAUUGUUUAGAUGAGGAAGACAUUCACAAUGCCUACUUUAACAUUCCUGUUUGGGGAUCUCAAAUGAAUCCUCUGUUUUCAUCAAACUCAUGUGACAAUCUUUUUGUUGCUCAUGAUUUCAGUUGGAAUAGCUUUGUUGGUUCACUGCCGUUGUUUUCCAUUGGUAAUGAGUUCUUUCUGACUAACAGUAAAGCUUCUUACAUUCUCUUUCUGAACAAUAAUGAGUUCAAUGGGCCGCUUCCUGGUGAGCUAUUCUUAAACUGUAAUGGUUUAGAGGGCUUUUCAAUCAACUUGAGUGCCAACAACAUAUCGGGGGUGAUAUACCCAGAGAUGCUUCUUGAUUGUUUGAGCCUGACUGAUUUUAAAGCAGCACAUAAUCAAAUUGAUGGUUCAAUUCCUCCUGAGAUUGGAAGGUUGAAAAUCCUCCAACAUCUCGACUUGAGCAAAAAUACCCUGUCUGGGUUCCUUCCUGGUCAGUUGGGGGAACUGAAGGAUCUGAAAUGGAUUCUUCUUGGAGAGAACAAUUUGACAGGAGAAGUUCCUGCUCAACUGGGCCAACUGACUUCUCUCUUAGUUUUGGAUCUAUCUCAAAAUGCUCUGACUGGAUCCAUCCCUGCGGCUUUGGCAAAUGCCACUAAUCUCGAAAUUUUGUUGCUGGAUCAUAACAGACUUGAUGGGGAGAUACCUUUAGCAUUUUCCAUGCUUUCCAGUCUUACUGAACUGGAUCUUUCUUUCAAUAACCUGUCUGGUAACAUACCUCAUCUUCAACACUCAGAUGAUUGUGAUAGUUUCAUGGGAAACAAAUUUCUACACUCGUGUCCGGAUCAGUACUCAGCAGCCCCUCCUGGGCUUCCUGUCCCAAUUAAGGUUCAUAAGUUGCAUAAUCGGAAUAAAUUGAAGUCUUUUAUAAUAGCAAUGGCCACUUCCGCAUGUGUUGUACUUUGUAUUCUUGUAGUGAUAUUUCUUGUCAUCCUUGGGAGAAGAAAGUUCAUUACACUUACAAGCCUGAGAAGGAAAGAUGUCGUCACAUUUGGUGAUGCUCCAACUGAGCUGAAUUAUGACAAUGUGGUUAGAGCAACUGGGAAUUUCAGCAUCCGGAACCUCAUUGGAACUGGCGGCUUCGGGUCCACUUACAAGGCAGAACUGGUCCCAGGUUUCCUCGUAGCUGUGAAGAGACUUUCCAUUGGUAGGUUUCAAGGCCUUGAGCAAUUUGAUGCAGAGAUAAGAACGCUAGGAAAGAUUAGACACAAAAACCUUGUAACCCUCAUUGGAUACUAUGUUGGAGAAGCAGAGAUGUUUUUAAUUUACAACUACCUUUCUGGCGGAAAUCUUGAAACCUUCAUACAUGAAAGAUCAGAAAAGAAUGUUGAGUGGCCGGUGAUCCACAAAAUAGCCAUUGACAUAGCUGAGGCUCUUAAUUUCCUGCACUACAUGUGUGUUCCGCGCAUUGUUCACCGGGACAUCAAGCCUAGCAACAUCCUGCUUGAUGAAGAGCUUAAUGCCUACCUUUCGGACUUUGGAUUGGCUCGGCUUCUAGAAGUUUCUGAGACCCAUGCAACCACAGAUGUUGCAGGGACAUUCGGAUAUGUGGCACCAGAAUAUGCGACUACUUGCAGGGUUUCUGACAAGGCAGAUGUUUAUAGCUUUGGUGUGGUGCUGUUGGAAUUGAUGUCAGGAAAAAAGUCCCUUGAUCCUUCAUUUUCAGAGUUUGGGAAUGGAUUCAAUAUUGUUUCAUGGGCCAAGUGGCUGAUCAAGGAAGGACGCUCUUGUGAAUUUUUUCCAUCCGAAUUGUGGGAAUCUAGGCCUAAGGAGUAUAUGUUGGGUAUGCUAAGACUGGCAUCAACCUGCACCGUAGAGACACUUUCUGUUCGACCAUCAAUGAAGCAGGUCCUGGAGAAACUUAAGCAGUUGGAUUCCUGA